GAUAAUUUAGAUAUAACUUAAACUUUUCUUGUAUAAUUUUUGGCGAAAAUGACGUCUCUUUCCCUAAGGAUUUUCUUCACAAGAUGUCUCAAGUGCUUCAUGUACGAAAGUUUUUCCCCACCAACAUCAAUCCACAAACCCUGUUUCUUUUACACUUCGCCCGUCUAAUCUCUUCCCCUUUUCAAAUUCUCCCCCUAUAAAAGCAAACAAAUCACUCCAAAAAUCCAAUCUUCGCCAGUACCUAAAUUUCAUCAACUACAAUCAAAAUCAAAAUCAAAAUCAGGGAUGGAUAAAGGCAAAGCAGUGAUGGGUAUGGGCCGUCGAUGGGCAGUAGAAUUCACCGAUAAUUCUUCUUCUCCUUCUUCCCGUGACAUCCCUGACCCCCUUGGCUUCAGUCGCGCUUCUCAAGAUCAGGAUGAUUCAGCUCUGAGUCGGGAAAAGAAGAAUGCUGAAGCUAAUUGGAAGGCCCAGAAAGCGUGGGAAGUGGCACAAGCACCUUUCAAGAAUUUGAUGAUGAUGGGUUUCAUGAUGUGGAUGGCUGGAAGCACAGUUCAUUUAUUUAGCAUUGGUAUCACAGUUUCAGCUCUGUGGCAGCCUGUCAGUGCUCUUCAAGGAGUUGGGAAAGUUUUUGAGCCUUACAAGGACAGCAAAGUGGAUCUUCUAGGGCCAAAAUUAGUAUUUGUUGCACUCAACCUAGUGGGUUUAGGACUGGGCGUCUGGAAGCUCAACACUUUGGGUCUCCUUCCAACUCAUGCGUCAGAUUGGGUUUCAUCCUUGCCACCUGCCCAGGAGGUUGAGUACUCUGGUGGAGGUUUCCUUUGAAUUGAACAAGGCAGAAGAUCUUGAAUUUGGUCAAGAUAGAAAUUUCACUUCUUGAAGCAGGAGUUUGACAUUAUUCUUGAUGUAUUUGAGGAUAAAACGCGAGAUACUUAUCGUCCAUUUCUCUCAUGAAUAUUUAGUAUUAUUGUCUCACAAACUGCAUGAUCACUUUUCUAUUUUGUUCAUCCUCAGAAGCCUAUGUUGAUCUGGAAUUAGCCAUGAUUUUUUUUUAGAGUUAUUGUUUUCUAAGGGACCACUUCUGUAUUGUGUAGCUAUGAAAACUUUAUCUUAUGAUAGUUGAAAUUCCAAGCAUUCCCAUUAGUUCCAA